AUGUUUCGGCAGAUUUGGGUGAACGACAAACACCGCGACUUCCAAAAAAUUGUCUGGAGAGAAAGGCCAUCGGAUCCAAUCAAACACUAUCAACUAUGCACCGUCACUUAUGGCACCUCAUGUGCACCAUUCCUGGCUGUUAGGGUAUUAGAGCAACUGGCUACUGAUCAUCAGCAGGAAUUCCCGAAUGCUGCAAAAAUCUUACAAGAGGAUUUUUAUGUCGACGAUGUGCUCACUGGGUCAAACAGUGAGGAGGAACUGAUACAAAAUCGAAAGGAACUUAUUCAACUUAUGUCCUGUGCUAAUUUGGAGCUUGGGAAAUGGGUAUCAAACACACCUCGCAUACCAACAGAAGGAACUGAUUCUACACAAUCAUCUCCAGUCAAGGUUCUUGGACUUUACUGGCAACCUGGUCUUGAUACAUUGUCUUAUAAUGUUGGUCUAAAAGGAAAUGUCGAUUGUACAAAACGACAAGUUUUAUCGGAUGUCUCGCGGAUCUUCGAUCCACUUGGGCUUUUGGCACCAAUUGUGGUCCAAUUCAAAAUACUCUUUCAACAAUUAUGGCUUCUCGAUUUGGGAUGGGAUGACAAACUCCCUAAGCAACUAGCGGAUACUUGGCUCAAAUGGCGAGCAGAUUUGGAUAUGCUACAACACAUUCAAAUACCCCGGUUGGUUGUCAACGACACCGACAACAUUGAAUUGCAUGGAUUCUCCGAUGCAUCAACGAAGGCAUACGCUGCUGUAGUAUACAGCAGAGUAAUCAACAAGGAUGGCUCGAUUUCUACCUCGAUUAUGACUGCGAAGUCUAGGGUGGCUCCGCUAAAGCAGCAAUCUCUGCCCCGCCUAGAGCUUUGCGCGGCACUUCUCCUAAGUCAACUCAUACGUUCGAUAAAGGCGGCACUUCGACAUCAAAAGGUCACGGUUUUUGCAUGGUGCGAUUCCACAAUCGUUCUCUAUUGGCUAUCAUACGCACCCUCUCGACUAAAGACAUUUGUUGGGAACCGAACUUCGGAAAUUCUGGACACCAUUCCAAGGCAUUAUUGGCGUCAUGUGGACUCCAAAUCAAAUCCAGCUGAUUGCGCAUCCAGAGGUCUCAUGGCUGCAGACCUAAAGGACUUUCAGUUAUGGUGGAAUGGCCCGUCAUGGAUACGUGACGCGGAUCAGUUUCUGGAUGACUAUCAAUUGCUACUCGCAAAUAAACCAUUGCGAAGUCGAUCUCAGCUGGCUAAACUCUCGCCAAUGAUCGACAAGGACGGACUACUCAGGGUUGGAGGACGCUUGCACCACUCGCAAUUGUCCACAGAGGCGAAACAUCCAGUUUUGCUACCGAAAUCUCAUCGCAUCACCAAGCUGAUACUUGAAUACGAACACAGGGUCAACCUGCACCCUGGCGUCUCAUCACUCUUUGUUAUGGUUUUCUGGAAGCAAUGGCAUCAGGAGUAUCUUACCACAUUGCAACAGCGUCCAAAGUGGACCACUACAACACCAAAUAUAGCAGUGGGAGAUGUGGUGCUUGUAAAGGAAUCGAACACCCCACCAGCUCACUGGCAUCUGGCGCUGGUUCUCGAAGCCUACCCAGGCAAGGAUCAAUUGGUUCGAGCGGUUAGACUCAAGACCUCUUCGGGAGAAUUAACUCGGCCAAUCACCAAGGUUGCG